AUGCUUGAGCGAGUGUUGCAAAAUCAAGAAAAAUCCGAUACUUCAAUGAGGAACAUGACCGAAGUUGUUGGAUCUCAUACCGCCUCCAUCCAAAAAUUGGAGAUGCAAAUGAGAGACCUCUCCAAAGAGCAAAAUCCAAAACAAAAGGGAACACUCCCUAGUGACACGAUUGCAAAUCCAAAGGGUAGUGGGAGUGGCCCAACUUCUCACAUCAUGGCGAUCACUACUAGGAGUGGGAAGGUUCUACACAGAGAGGGUGAAAUAAUGGUUGACGUAGAAGAGUCAAAACAAGGGGUCGAGGUUGAAGAGACAAGUGUUAUCGAGGUGGAAAAGAUUCUGGAUGAGUUGAAAGUGCAAAAAGAGAACCGGGAAGAGGAGAGGGAAAAGGUAAAAGAGACACCAAAAACUCUUCCAGCUAUUCCUAGACCUCCUCCCCCAUUUCUUAAGAGGCUCGCAAGAAAGAUUGAUGAUAGCAAACUUGAAAAUUUUUACGACAUUCUCAAGCAAUUAAAAGUGAAUAUCCCAUUUGUGGAAGCUUUUCAAGAGAUGCCGGGGUUUGCUAAAUAUUUAAAGGAUUUGAUCACAAAGAAGAAGACUACAAAGAAUGAAGUGGUGAAUGUGACUCACCGGAUUAGUUCCAUCAUUGCAACAUCUAUAGUUCAAAAUAAAGAAGAUCCGGGAGCUUUCACCAUUCCUUGUACUAUUGGGACCCGUGACUUUGCAAGAGCCCUUUGUGAUAAUGGGGCUAGCAUCAACUUAAUGCCCCUUGCCAUCUAUAAGCAAGCUGGGUUAGGAAUUCCAAGGCCCACUAGUAUGAGAUGGCAAAUGGCCGAUCGGUCCAUCAAACGCCCGGUGGGAAUUGUGGACGAUGUUCUUGUGAAAGUGGGAAAGUUUCAUUUGCCCGCCGAUUUUGUAAUUCUUGAUUGUGCG